AGGCAGCGCUAGAAGAAGCCGCGCAGCCAAUAGGAAAGUUGUGCGCAUGCGUGCCACAGCGCCGUGACUGUUUGGUAUCGCUGGGGAAGGCUCAGUUAUUGAUUCCGGAAAUCGAGAUAUUUUCCCGCGAAGCUUCUGAUGCUGCAAUAAACGUGUUGGUCCUUAUGUUCCAGAAGGUUCCGUCUUUUUCUCGUAUUAAAUCUUGCUUCGAUGCAUAUGCAGAGGGUCUCUUUUUGCUUUCGUUGCUGAUUAGCUCUCGCAGCCAUGAACAACCUUGAUCAAAGUGUUGUUAGUGCCGCUCUGGUCAUUUUCACAUCGGCUUUGCUUCCAAGCACCGAUGGGAGUUGUGUUUCAAUAACAUCUGCCAGCCUCACCUACCCACCCCUUAAUCCCUUCUCGGACCUGACAGCAAAAGCCGCCCCUGUAACUUUUAAAUUUAGCUUUUCUGCAAAGAUCUGAUCCUUUUCUGUUUGUCUGCCAUCGAGCAUCGCCGGAUUAAAAAGAAAACAGAAUUAAUCCAAUGAAUUAAUGUGGAGUAAACAUAGCUUUUAUCAGUUUAUCAACUAAUUAAAGUUUUGAUCUACAAACGGCUUUAUUAAAGAAGAAUUUGUAGUAUGACAGUUGAGACCUAUACAUAUUGAUGAGCGAAUCCAACUACUAUGGGCUGAAGGAGGCUGGCUUCUAGGAAGUCAAUUUUGGGAAGAGAGAACAACACUUAAAUAAAUGCUUAAAUGAUGGAGAUCCUAAAGGCAAGGCACUGUUAGUAAUAAGUCUGCUUCCAACUAUAUUAUUAAUGGCCCCCAGAGAAAGGUCUGAUGUGCAGCCCUCUGUGGAUGGAAGAUAGGAAGAAAACAGUCAAAUGAUAGAUUUAAAUCACAUGUGGUCUUAAAGAUUCAAAUUGAAUAGGCUUUAAUAGAUGGGAGUUGGGAAUAUUCUUGAAAAAGUAGUGGCAGCAGUGAAAUUAUAUAAACACAGUAAGGGAUAUCUUUUUUGUCAAUACGGUGCUAAAAGAUUUGAAACUAGUUGGGAUUUUUGAGCCCUUUUGACUAACUUUUGUGCUAUUUUUAUUGUACUAAUGUCUACUAUUUUUCAGGUUAAAGCAUCCACUUAAUUUUAUGCAGUGCUCUUUCAAUGGCACAUAUCAGUAUCAACCAAUAUUUGCAGCAGGUACUAGAAUCUAUUGAUGGCAGAGAUGGAUUGUUUUGUGCAGAAUUAGUGUCAUUUAAACAUCCUCAUGUUGCAAAUCCUAGACUGCAGCUGUCAUCUCCAGAAGAAAAAUGUCAACAAGUGCUGGAACCACCUUAUGAUGAGAUGUUUGCUGCUCAUUUAAGAUGUACUUAUGCAGUUGCCAACCAUGACUUUGUAGAAGCAUACAAAUGCCAAACAGUUGUAGUACAAUCUUUCCUGAGAGCUUUUCAAGCACACAAAGAAGAAAACUGGGCUUUGCCUAUUAUGUAUGCAGUGGCACUUGAUCUUCGAAUUUUUGCCAACAGUGCUGAUCAACAACUAGCAAAGAAAGGCAAAGGCAAAAUUGGGGACAUGCUGGAAAAAGCAGCUGAACUUCUUAUGAGCUGUUUCCGUGUAUGUGCAAGUGACACUCGAGCCAGCAUUGAGGAUUCAAAAAAGUGGGGCAUGUUGUUUUUGGUGAAUCAACUAUUUAAAAUAUAUUUUAAGAUCAAUAAACUUCACCUAUGUAAACCAUUGAUAAGAGCAAUUGAUAGCUCAAACCUUAAAGAUGAAUAUAGCAUGGCACAAAGAGUUACAUACAGGUACUAUGUUGGAAGGAAGGCAAUGUUUGAUAGUGAUUUUAAACAAGCUGAAGAGUAUCUGUCUUUUGCCUUUGAGCACUGUCACCGGUCUAGUCAGAAAAACAAAAGGAUGAUAUUGAUUUAUUUGCUGCCAGUGAAAAUGUUACUGGGCCAUAUGCCAAUGGUCCAGCUUUUAAAAAAGUAUGACCUCAUGCAGUUUGCAGAAGUUACAAAAGCUGUGAGUGAAGGGAACCUGCUUUUAUUAAAUGAUGCUCUUGCAAAACAUGAGACGUUUUUCAUUCGCUGCGGUAUCUUCCUUAUUCUUGAGAAGCUGAAAAUCAUCACCUACAGAAAUCUCUUCAAGAAAGUAUAUUUGUUACUUAAAACUCACCAGCUAGCUCUAGAUGCCUUUCUCGUUGCUCUGAAAUUCAUGAAAGUCACUGAUGUUGAUAUUGAGGAAGUCCAGUGCAUUUUGGCUAAUCUCAUUUACAUGUUUGGGGCUCUUCCCCACAGCCAACUCUCUGAAUUGACCGAAAACAACAUCAACAUAAAAUAUGCUCCUUUCAUAGGAACAGUACUGGCAAAUGAUACUGCGUAUUAUGAGCAGGGAUUGAUGGAUUCCUCCAGGUACACCUUUCCUCGAGGCAUUCUCUUUCUAAAUCCCCUUGGAGAAUUUCCUCAAAAAACAUAAAAGCAGCACGCCUGGAUCUUGUCAGGACUUGAUUUGCAUCUUCUGUUUUCAGGAACACUUAAGAGAAGGACAAGGGAAAAAUCAGAAACCUAAUCCAUCCCCAUCUCAGCCCAUCCGCUCAAGUGUGGAAAAGAUUUAAAACAGCCCCAUGCCUUUGUGCCCCACAACUGGAAUAGAGGGAAAAUAGCCUCCCUUGGAAGAUGACUGGUUGGAUGAUACCGUAAUACCAUGAAAGGGGGAGAUGGUACAUGGGAGGAUUACUUAUGGUUUGCAUCUGCAAAAAUUAAUAUGGUAAUUCUGCACAAAAUUCUCCUUCAAUAAUGGCAAAAUGAAAAUGUUUGGUGCUGCUGGAUUAAAAUGGUAAAUUGGAUGGGAUGGCAACAACUUUGAGCUCCACCUAUGUGCUGAAUAACAUAAAAUUGAAUGGGGUUGGGAAGGCUCUCAUUUUUGUUCAGAAAUAUGUCUCUAGGUAUGAGAAGCUAUUUUUGUUUCAAUGCUUCAUAUGAACAAAUCUGCAGGCUUCGUUUUCCAAGCACACCUCCCUGGAACUGGUAGAAUAUCUAUAGCAAUAGAGAAAAUAAGACAGAGAAGAGCAAAAUAUUCCGUUUCCUUCCUAUGGCCCACUUCUUUCUGGUAAAACCCAAAUGCAACUAAUUUAGUUUUACAACUGAACUUUCUGUCUCAAGUUUACCCUUAACUAGGCAGCAUGUCUUAUGGCAUUAAAUAGAACAAUUUCUAAGUAUCAUGCAUUGGAUUGCAUUCUCACUUUAUUAUUAGGGGAUAAAUGGCAUGAGUCAUUUCUGAAUGCUAGUACUAAUGUAAAGCUUCCUUCUAAUUUAUUUUUCCCUCCUGUGCAAUAACAAACAUUAUUGGGGAAUUAACUCUUAAAGGUAUAGAGUAAUAAGAGGUUAGUAUAUCCUUUCCUUGUGCUCUUGUUUCUUUUUUUUGAAAAGAAAGAGUUAAUAUUAUGUGAGCAAAACUUCCUACCUGUCAGGUCUACGGAGUGAGCCAUAAAUACAAAUGAGAAAAAGCGUAUUAUCCAUUUGCGAAUUCCCAUUUUGGUUCCCUAGGCGUAGUUUGCUGAAUUUUGUCUGCCCUUGAUAAAGACACAGAAUGAACAAAGUUUAAAGUGCAACUUUGGAAGCCCGCUUCAAAAAAGAGGAGGCCGAGCAAUGACAACACAGAGUGUCAACAAUUAGAGAUUUCACUUAAAAGAAAAAGAAACCUUGAGCAAAUACUUGUGGCAUUUAUACUACCUUUUAUCUGAUGAACCAAUAUGUAUUUUCAAACUGCAUAUGUGCAUACAUGUCCUUCUGACUUUGUCCUUCGAUAUAAAUACUGUAUCAUAAGCACUGUAUCAAUUGUAUCUGUACUGUAUCAACAGAUGGGUAGAAGAUGCAACCCAUAGCAGCUGCUCAGAGUCUUAUAUAGAGAGAGGGACAAGCUACUAGGAAUAUUCUACUAAGGGUUAAGUACAGAGAUAAAUGUCAUUGAUGGCAAAAUCCUAAGUUUCACAGGCAGAAUAUUUUCCACAUUGCUGUUAGCGAGACAAGCAGACAACACUAUGCUUGUGAUCACUGUGGGAAUGGUGUUGUACUGUCAUAUUUAAAAAAAAUCUUAUCCUAAUCUGCUUCACAAGGAUCAAUUCAGGGGUCCUAUUCAGCAGGUUCUGAAAUGUUCUGGAGAACCGGUAGCGAAAAUUUUGAGUAGUUCAGAGAACUGGCAAAUACCACCUCUGGCUGGCCCCAGAGUGGCUUGGGAAUGGAGAUUUUGCAAUAUCCUUCCCCCAGGAGUGGGGAGGGAAUGGGGAUUUUGCAGUAUCCUUCCCCUGCCACACCCACCAAGCCACACCUACCAAGCCAUGCCCACAAAACCGAUAGUAAAAAAAAUUGAAUUCCACCACUGGAUCUAUUGAAUUUGUAUUUAUAAUACAAAUUUUAUAAUAUUAAAAAAUAUUGUAUUAAAAAUAUAAUACAAUUUUAAGCUACUAAAAUAAAGAUAAUAUUUAGAUAUAAUAAAUAUGUCAGGUCCCAGUGGUACCUCUGGUUUCCAGUUUUCUGUUAAAUGUCUCUUGUUCACUACUUUUUGCUGUUUCUCUUUGGAGGUGUUUGUAAAGAGUUUAAGUGGAAUUUAGCUGCAGCUGUGCUAUGAAGGUUAGCAUCAGCAUUGCCCCUGUGAAGAAAUUGGACUAAAAGAAUUUGUUCCUUUGGGGGAUCAGUGCCCCAUUUCUCCAGCAGUAAGUUAGAGCUCAAACAGUUGAGAAGGUAAGGAAAGGAGGGAAUAGUCAGAGAGAUUCAUCUACAAAGGCUGCACUUAAUUUUGUGGGUGAGUAAAAGGCUUAGUUAGAAGAACUAUUUAGAGCAGGGGUGUCCAA